GUUAUGGAAAGUCAGCGCUCCGGCGAUUCUCAAUACAUCUCUUUGUACGUUACACAAGAGGAGUAGACUGAGUAGUGUGUGCUAGUUUGAGCCGUCCUCUUUCGGAACUGUUGUUGACAUUCAGUAAUGAAGGGAACUCGUCAAUGACUCCAAGGGUAAACAUUUUGGAGUGAUUAUUACACGCGCAUUACCAAAACUUCUCAGUCCUCGCCAAGGACUGUCCACCCGGUAUGUUCGACCUAACGAAGGAAUGGAAUCUGUCGUUUGCCGGCUGCGGGUUCCUGGGGAUUUAUCACAUCGGAGUGGCCAGCUGCCUGUUGGAACAAGCGCCCUACCUUAUCAAAGGUGCCACCAAGAUUUACGGGGCUUCGGCCGGUGCCCUAACCGCCUCGGUGCUCGCCAGCCAGGCAUCCAUAGCUAAGUGCUGUGAGGAUGUGAUCGAGACUGCCAAGGAGGCCCGGAAACAUAACCUGGGUCCCCUCCACCCCUCCUUCAACCUGGUCAAGGUCAUCAGGUCGGGCCUGGAGCGCGACCUGCCCGCCGAUGCACACACACUCGCCUCCGGGAGGCUGUGUGUGUCACUCACUCGCGUGUCUGAUGGACAAAACGUCAUCGUGUCCGUGUUCAAGUCCAAGGAGGAGCUCAUCCAGGCGCUGCUGUGUAGCUGUUUCAUCCCCAUAUACUGUGGCCUGAUCCCCCCAUCCUUCCAAGGAGUGCGUUAUGUGGAUGGGGGGAUCAGUGACAACCUUCCUCAGUCAGAACUGAAGAACACCAUCACCAUCUCUCCGUUCUCAGGCGAAAGUGACAUCUGUCCCCGGGACACCUCCUUCAAUAUCCACGAGCUUCGUUUCACCAACACCUCCAUCCAGAUUAACCUGGGCAAUAUGUACCGCCUCAGCAAAGCCCUGUUUCCCCCAGAACCCAAGGUCAUGGCAGAGAUAUGUCAGAGUGGCUACAAGGACGCCCUUCGCUUUCUUGAGGAGAACCAUCUGCUGAAGCUGGAGUGUCCGACUGCCGGGCCCAACCCAUCAGAAGCCAUACACACCUGCUGCUGCAAGCCCAUCGCCAUGGAAACCACUAAGGACUGGAUGCUCCGGCGGCUCCGCCUCCUGAGGAAGCGGCACUGGUGGCUGGACGAGCAGAUUGUUGACAACCUGCCUACCCAAAUCAAAAAAGUGUUCUGUGAGGCGUGCCAGCAGAAGCCUGGUCUGUAUGCUCAGGUGUCUGAGAUGCUGCCGGUCAGAGUGGCCUCCUACAUGCUCCUGCCCUGCACACUACCUGUGGUAUCAGCCUACUCUGUGGGCAAGAGGAUUGUGGAGUGGAUCCCAGAGGUGCCUGCAGACAUGCGUUGGCUAGCUGGGGUGGCUGGGGAUGUGGCUGGGAGCUUGUACAGACAGGCCUGGAGAGGAUCGCCAGUAGACAUAACCAGUGAUGGCUCCCUGAGGAAUUGCAGGAGCCUGCCCCCGCCCCUAGAUAGUGACAGACACAGGGAGAGAAACGGUCACCUCGCCGGGUUCGCUCUCUCUGCUCUUGACCUCCAAAGUCAAUACUGGAACAUCCCCACCGUCCCCUCUUCCCGCUGCCCCACCAGCCCCCUCAUGCCCAGCCCCUCCCCACGACAGAUCUGCUUCUUUGUUGGCUCGCAGGACGAGACUGACUGAGAGACCCAUCAACCAAUGAGAGGACACUGUGACUAUAAAAAAAUAUAUAUGAUAGGACAGUCCAGCUCAAGAUCCCUCCCACAGGGCCUGUCUAUAGACUAUAGGAACUGUGAAGGGUGGUUUGGGAUGGACAAAAUAUGGUAAUGUGAUCGAAUAGCUUUGGAAUCCAGAACUGUUGCUAUAGACACUCUAAUGACUCAAUCAUGUCUUUUGAUCACUCCACCAUCCAUAUUUCAUUCUAUUGUACCACAUUGGAAAACAAUUUACCAGCUCACCACCAAAGACCUCUCUGCAAGUUAUUUUUUGGGGGGAAUUACACAUUUUAUAUCUAACAAUGUCUAGUUUUUCCAGAUAACUUGUCACUACAACUCUACCUACCUACCUACCUACCUAGAGGAGGCUGGUGGAAGGAGCUAUAGGAUGACCGGCUCAUUGUAAUGGCUGGAACGAUAUCAAACGCAUCAAACAUAUGGAAACCAUGUUUCACUUCGUUCCAUUAAUUCCAUCCCAGCCAAUAUAAUGAGCCUGAGGUAAUUUAGCUCCUCCCACCAGCCUCCUUUACUACCUACCUACAGACAGUACACAAGAGGUUGGUAGCACCUUAAUUGGGGGGGG